GGACACAAAUGACACAAAGUUAAUAGUUCGGGUUUCCUAGUGGUAUUAACCCUAGAAAUUAAAAGGGCGUGCAUGCCAUGCCAGGCAUGGAAAGGAAUGAGAAGAUCCUGCGCGUGUGGCUCAAUAUCACUGUUUGAUGAGUGUGUUGAAAGGGAAAGUGGGUGACUGAAAUUUUCACUUUUUAUUUGUAUUCGAGCCGAAUUUAGGUACCAAAAUUUUCAACUUUUACAGGUCGUUUGUUUCGUGGAUUUUAAAAAUGAAAAUUUUGGUAAAACUUGGGUUUUGUAUAACCAUAAAUAUAUGAGAGUUUUGGGUUCAUCAUGGACUUGAAAAAUAUCAUUGUUUGUUUCACAUUAUGGAAUUGGUUAAUUAAAUUUGUAUGUAUGAAGUGAAAUUUACCUUUUAUUGCGCUCAUUGGUAUGAAAAUGGAAAUUAAAUAAGAGGGCAGUUUGGUAUUAAAUGAUAGACUUCAAAGUCCAUGAUCACUUUCCUAAAUAGGUGGAACUUUGAAGUCCAUGUGGUCCAUGGAUUUGAGUCCUUAAAAUUUGUGGGACCCACGGAUUUGUUGUCCCUAAAUAUAUGAAGCAACCAAUGGAUUUUGGACAAAGUCCAUGAUGGAUCCAAAUCCAUCACAAAAUCCAUCAAGCAAACGACCCCUUAAAUCUUGGGCAUUUUGGAACUCUUUAUUAGAGAUAAAUAAAUUAUUUUGUUUGUCUUUCUAUUUUUCCACUAUCUCUUAUGUUCCUAUUCUUCUCGGAAGUGCCUUCAUGUGAUUCUUUUAGUUGCUAGCAUUUUGUAGCAACUCGUGUAUAUUAGGGGAAGAUUAACUCAAUGUAAAUCAUGUUAGUUAUCAAUAUCAAAUCUGUUAACGAUACAUCUUUCAUGGUAUCCGAGCCAGCAAUGCUCAGCUAGCCCCGAUCCAUCUAUUCUUCCUUCUCUCUCGUUUACCUGUGAUCAUCUUAUUCCUUCCGCUGCAUCAUGUCUGGCAAUAACUCCACUGUGACUGAAGAGGCAAUCAUCACCUUCAACCCUGCAGCUCAACUUCCUCUGAAGCUCACAUCUACCAACUUCAAUUCUUGGAGGUCUCAAUUGGAAACCCUUCUCAUGGGUCUUGACCUCAUCCACUUCAUUGACGGUACCGGCGUCGCACCCACAACCACCGUUUCUGUCAACAAUGUCAAGAGCCCUAACCUAGUUUAUCGUUGGUGGUUUAGACAAGAUAAGCUUAUUCUUCAUGCCCUUCGCUGCUCUAUUUCCGAAUCUCUGUAUUCCUAUGUUUCUGCCGCUGUAACUUCUCAUGAAGCGUGGUUGAUCCUUGAGAAAUUGUAUGCUUGUCGCUCUCAAUCUCGUAUUAUUAAUCUGAAGGGUAAAUUGGCUCGCACAAGCAAAGGCAACUGUGAUAUUGUCACCUAUGUCAAUGAUCUAAAGCUCAUUGCAGCCGAGCUUGCACUGGUUGAUGCUCCAGUGUCUGAUUUAGAUAUGGUUGUCCACUGUCUUCGCGUGCUUGGAGCUGAUUACAAUCAAUUUGCGGCGACGGUCCGUGCCAGAGGCACCACAGUCAACAUCGAAUAACUUUUGGAUUCCCUCAUUGAGUACGAGGCUAACCUCAAAGAGCAGGCUCGCCUCUCUACAGUGUCGACGACUUUCUAUUCCCAUGGUGUGCCUCUUCGUGGUGGGAAUGUGGCCUCCUUCAGCAGCGGUGGCGGAGGCUCUUCCACUCCCGCUCGUCCUCAACAAUGCCACCAACAGUAUGUUUUUGGUGUGGAUUCACACUCUUCGCAGGCCCACCUGCCUCAUUAUUCAGGCAACCCACUUUCCCCUCAGGAGCCCAUCUGCCCAAGCAAAGCCCAAGUUGUAUGUCAGUAUUGUAAGAAGCCCGGACAUUCAGUCUGUCAAUGCUUCACAUUAUUCCCUCAGGCCCGCCAGUCUUUUAUUCAAUCCCGUCAGGCCCAAGCACACCAUACAGCCCAUGCUUUGGGUACUUCUUCUUCCGGGCCUUGGCUUAUGGACUCAGCAACAUCUCAUCAUGUGACAUCUAAUUUAGGCAAUCCAUCUCUAUAUUUUGAUUAUACCAGCCCGGGUGAGAUUCUUGUUGGGCAUGGCACAGGUUUGGCAAUAUCCCAUAUUGGUUCCUCUACUGUUUCUAUUGGUGCUCAUCACUUUAAUUUAAGUGACAUCUUAUAUGUUCCGAAUAUCAAGCGACGUCUUAUUUCCGUCACAAAAUUGCGUCAAACUAAUAAUGUCUCUGUGAGAUUUUUUGCCACUCAUUUUGUUGUGAAGGAUCUUCGCACGGGGGCGCACUUGCUGAGGAUUUUCUUGCUGAAACAACAGUGAUGUUUAUGAAUUACCUCGAGUUGUGGAAAAGGUUAAAAUCGCCCUGGUCACCACUCUAACGUUAGUCGCUUCCUGGCAAGCUCGACUCAGUCACCCUUUGCAUCAAUCUCUCACAACUCUCAUUCGGUCGUACUCUCUUCCAGUUUCGUCAUCACUAGCUCUUUCUUCUUGUGAUGCUUGUCUUUCUAAUAAAAGUUAUAAACUGCC